AUGACAACGACGAUGGUGGAGAAGAGCCAGUUGGUUCUUCAGGAGUUUGCCUCCCAACUUCCUCCUGAUACUCUGCUCAAGUCUGUGGAUCCUCCACAUGAUGCAGGGUUUCAGAUCCUAACCGAGACGUUGGAUCAGACUCUCGGGAGGAGGCCAGGGACAUAUUGUCGAGAGAUGGGGAAUGCCUGGCGGCGGGAGCCUAGAGCUCGUUCCUCGUCGCAGUCAAACAAUCAGGUGACUGCUCUGACGGCAAAGGUGGCUGAGCUUAGGACCCAGAUGUCACAGAUUCUACAGUCUCUCGUCCGGUCCGGUAUUCCUAUACCGCAUGUUGGUCCCUCGUCGACCUCCGAGCCCCUCCAACCCAACCAUGGCCACCACACUCUUGCCCCUGUCGAUAAUGUCCAGACCUCCGAGCAGAAUUUGCUAGACGACCACGUAGAUUUUCAAACUCUUUUUGGUUAUAUUGUUUUUAAUUACAGUUGA